AAUAAGCAGCCGGAGACGUUUAUUUAUGUUUAAUUCCACUGUUAUUGUUUUGGUUUCCUAUUAAGAAAGAAUAAUAUGAUAUUAAUCAUUAAAUCGAAUAUUUUUUUCUUACAAAUUUUAAUAUUUUAAAAAUUAUAAAGAAAUAGUGUUUAUCUCUUGAUAAAAACGCAACUUUUUGUCUUUUUCUCCUCAAAAUUUUGUGUUAGUGAGUUCUUAUACUUGAUUUGCAUUAAACUGGGAACAGAUUUCAAAACUUACGUUAAAAGAUGGCUAUUGCAAGACCUCUUGGUAUGGAAUUUGAUCAUAGCUGGCCUGAGAGUGCAGAGUGUCUUACUUUAGAUUUUGGUCCUUUUGAAACUGCACAUCGUUGGAGAAGAAUGCCUGAAUGUGAUGAAUUUGUUGGAGCAAGGAGAAGUAAGCAUACAGUGAUAGCCUACAAGGAUGCAGUGUUUGUUUUUGGUGGUGAUAAUGGAAAACAUAUGUUAAAUGAUUUACUUAGGUUCGAUGUUAAAGACAAUUCUUGGGGAAGGGCUUUCACAACUGGUGCUCCACCUGCACCCCGUUACCAUCAUUCUGCUGUUAUACAUGAAAAUAGCAUGUUUGUUUUUGGUGGUUAUACUGGGGAUAUUCAUUCGAAUUCAAAUUUAACUAACAAAAACGAUUUGUUUGAAUAUAAAUUCACAUCUGGUCAAUGGGUUGAGUGGAAAUUUGAAGGAAAGAGACCUGUUCCUAGAUCUGCUCAUGGAGCAGCUGUUUACGAUAAUAAGCUGUGGAUUUUUGCUGGUUAUGAUGGUAAUGCCAGACUUAAUGAUAUGUGGACCAUAUCUUUAAUAGGAGAUCCAAAAGUUUGGGAAGAAGUGCCACAGUCAGGAGACUGCCCGCCGACGUGUUGUAAUUUUCCUGUAGCUGUUGCUAGAGAUAGUAUGUUUGUUUUCUCAGGUCAAAGUGGUGCAAAAAUUACUAAUAGCCUUUUCCAAUUCCAUUUUAAGGAACGAUAUUGGACAAGAAUAUCAACAGAACAUAUUUUACGAGGAGCACCUCCACCACCGACUAGACGCUAUGGUCAUACCAUGGUAGCCUUUGAUCGCCAUUUGUAUGUGUUUGGAGGUGCAGCCGAUAGCACUUUACCCAACGAUUUGCAUUGUUUUGACUUAGAUUCACAAAUGUGGUCUGUCAUUCAACCUUCUAAUGACAGUGAGAUACCAUCUGGGAGGUUAUUUCAUGCUGCUGCUGUGAUAGGGGAUGCUAUGUACAUAUUCGGUGGAACUAUCGAUAAUAAUGUUAGAAGUGGCGAGAUUUACAGAUUUCAAUUUUCUUGCUAUCCAAAAUGUACUCUACAUGAGGAUUUUGGACGCUUAUUGGAGAGUCAGCAAUUUUGUGAUGUUGAGUUUUUAGUGGGAAGAGAUCAGACAUCUAUUCCUGCUCACAUUGCUUUUGUAUCAGCUCGAUCGUUAUGGCUGAGGGAUAAGAUACGUGCUGCUAGAGAAAACCAUAGAGACAAGCAACUGCAACAUGAUCACCGAAAAGAAAAAAACCACAUUCCUGUUCUACAAGUAGAGUUGGAAGAUGCAGUGCCGGAAGCAUUUGAACUUGUUCUGACAUACAUCUAUACUGAUCGAAUAGAUCCAACAAAAAAAAGUGCAGAUCCUAUGAGUACAAAAGUAGUAUUACUAAUGAUGGAUGUUUAUAGGUUAGCUGUGCAGUUUCAUAUGAAGCGUCUAGAACAACUAUGUGUGCAAUAUUUAGAAGCUGCUAUAAAUAUUCGUAAUGUUUUGGUGGCGUUACAGAAUGCAUCUGAUUUGAAGCUGGACUUCAUAAAAGAAUUCUGUCUAAAGUUCAUUGUUAAGGAAAACAAUUAUAACAAAAUAGUCAUGAGCAAAGAGUUUGAGACCAUUGCUCAACCGUUAAUGGUUGAAAUUAUAAGGAGAAGACAAAUGCCAGCCAUGCGCUAUCUUCAAGAACCUCAUUUCGACUCUGCAGGAACAACUCUUGAGCAAGACAUGGAACACUAUUUAAUGUCUUCCGGAAAAGAAUUUUGUGAUAUCACUUUAAUGCUAGAUGGUCGCCCAGUGCGUUCUCAUAAAGCUAUAUUAGCUGCUCGCUGUAGUUACUUUGAGGCAAUGUUUCGUUCCUUUAUGCCUGAUAAUAAUAUUGUUACUAUUAUUAUUGGAGAAACUGUGCCAUCUUAUCAGUCAUUUCAUUCACUUCUUCGAUAUAUUUAUUAUGGUGAAGUCACAAUGCCCCCUGAAGACUCAUUAUAUUUAUUUACAGCUCCCUAUUUUUAUGGUUUUACAAAUAACAGAUUUCAGGCAUUCUGCAAACAAAACUUGGAAAUGAAUGUCACCUUUGAAAAUGUUGUGCAGAUUCUGGAAGCAGCUGAUAAAAUUCAAGCUUGUGAUAUGAAAAAACAUGCUUUAAACUUAAUUGUUCAUCAGUUUCCAAAGGUUGCACACCAACCAAUUUUUCGAAUGUUAAGCAAAGACUUACUUUUAGACAUUUUAGACUCACUUGCAGUUGAAAUGAGUGACUCUAAACUUUGCCAGGAUAUGUCUUCUGUCAGUCUGUGUUCAGAUACUGCCAUACAGUCGAGCUUACCUUGAAUCUCUCACGAUCGCAAGUGAGCGAUGUUUGUACAUAAAAUGUUAAUGCAAAGUUAUAUGUUUAUUUAUUUUCCUGUAUUAGUAUCAAAAAAAUAAAUUUUGAAAAAACUA